UCUAGGGCUUUUUCAAGGAGUGCCUCUGUAACAUUCGCUACCUCACCUCACCUGCUGUCGGCGACUCAUCUCAUCUCUUUCCAUAGCCGACCUCGGCUCAUAUCUUUCCACCAACGACCUCGUCUCAUCUCUUUUUAGCGGCGACCUCGGGCUCACUUUACCUCACCGAAGACUGCAAUGACUGCUCAACGUUACAAGCCCUAGCUACGAUUAAGGAAGCGUGAAUCUGAUGGUUUCGAGGUUAAAGAUGCGUCGGUUCCUGAAAGUGCCGACGGCGGCGACUGCGAGGAAGUCAAAGUUGGCUGAAACAAUUGUGCUAGGUAAUACACGACCAACUACAAGUCUUUCUCUCUCUCUCUCUACUGCUCGACAACCACCCAGGCACCCACCACCCUUCGUCUUCUCUCUGGUUCACCGCCGCCGUCAAUAGAGCCCCAUUAUACAUAUUGGUCAUGCUUUAACUGCUGCUAUCCUGGUUAAUUUUUUAAUGAAAUCUUACAUUAGGAGAUAUGCAACAAUUCUUGUGUACUUACUAUUUUAUGUUUCUCAACAUCAACUCAUGGAUACGAUGUUUGAUGAAUUUUCAAAUCUCUGGAUGAAAAUGAAGAUUCAAGUUAAAACCAAAGAAGAGCUUGAUUCAAAACAGUACAUAUUUAGACCUCGUGCUUUUGACAAUAAAGAUGUCAUUGAAAUGGACGUAUCUACCCUCGAAAGUUCGAUUGCCAAUGAAGCUUUUCUCAGAGUGGAAGGAGUUGGAUUCAGAGGAAGUAUCUGCUGAAAGUGAAAAGAGGAAGCUCAAAGAGCAAUAAAUGUUGCACAUGUGGAAGUGGAAAGUGUUGAAAAUGGAGUUGGAAUAGUCAAACUUAUGGGUCGAUAUAAUGGAUUCAUUGCCAUGUUUGCCAUGUUGGCAAGUCGAGAUGUGGAUUGCUGCUUGAUUCCAGAGUCUCCAUUCUAUCUAGAAGGGCAAGGUGGUCUUUUUGAGUUCAUUCAACAUAGACUUAAAGAGAAUGGGCAUGUGGUGAUUGUGUUGGCUGAAGGAGCAGGCCAAGAAUAUGUUUCUGAAAGUGUGAAUGCAGUUGAAGAGAGAGAUGCAUCUGGAAAUAAACUGCUUAUUGAUAUUGGUCAAUGGUUGAUCCAGAAAAUUAAAAACCAUUUUGCAACAGUCAAUAAAAUGGCCAUAAACAUGAAAUAUAUUGAUCCAACAUACAUGAUACGGGCUGUUCCAAGCAAUGCAUAUGAUAACAUCUACUGUACACUUAUUGCUCAAAGUGAAAUUCAUGGGGCCAUGGCAGGGUUUUCUGGUUUUACAGUUGGACCUGUCAAUAACAGACAUGUGUAUAUUCCAAUACAGCGUGUUACCGAGGCUACAAAUGCUAUUAAGUUGACAGAUAGGAUGUGGGCUAGACUGUUGGCUUCUACUAAUCAACCUACAAAUGUUGUUAAGCUGACUUUUCCACAUGUACAUUGCUUUUGUUCUUUUGUAGGCUUUGUCAGCCUUGCAGUUCUUACUUAACAGGGUCCGGAACCUUCAAGAAGGACCUCUGUAGGCAUGCAUCUUGGGUUGCAAGAGAAUCAAGAAGCACUGGUUUCAAAGACAAAGCCAAGCAUAUGGGACUGGUGGAGUUUCUGGAGAGGGAUUUUGAUACUAAAAUCAAGGCUCCAGAAUCAACAAGUGCUAGUUUGAAAGAAAAAGGCAAUCAUAAGCACGUUAGGUGAUGCAAGAGAAGGCGAAUAAGCUGUUUAAAAAUAUUUCCAUUGAGCAUGAACAGAGCAAAUUGCAGCUUGAGGAACAUGAAAAGGAACUGGGAGCACGUGAAGCUCUAAACAAAACUGACAGCAACUUAUUAGAUCAUUGGUGGGUGAUGAUGACCCAAUCCCAGAUGUGAGGAAGCCUGCCAAGCGACAGUCUGGUAUUUUUAUGAAGUAUAGAAAUUCAAGAUUCUCAUACACAAAAACUAGAAGAAAAACUACUAAAUAAAAAAAUUCCAAAAAUACCCCUGUAUCUUAUUUUUUGAAUUAUCCUAACAGUUAAUACAAACACUCAUUAUCUGCAA